GACGGCGAACCCGGGAAGGAGACGCCCGUCGAGCCGUUCGGCCCGUGGAAGGUGCUCGGCGUGAGCUUCGGCGCCAGCGACGAGGAAGUUCGCGUCGCGUUCAAGCGGCUGGCGCUGAUCCACCAUCCCGACAAGGGCGGGAACCAGGACGCGUUCGUGGAGAUUCGUCAGGCGUUCGAGGAGCUCACCGAACGACGCGAGCGG